AUGGAGAAGCUUCUGGACGAUUUGAGCGAGCGAACCAAUGUCGCGGAGAACGUGGUGAAACUUCUCCGGCGGAGCUUCUCGGAGAUCGAGUCCAGGCAGAGGAAUCUGGACUUGGCCCGAGAGUCGGUGGUGGAGAGGAUGAUGGAGAUCGAGUUCCUCAGGGAGUCGUACGACAAGGGGCUCAAGGACUUGGAGGCGAGGGAGUCGGAUUUUCGCGCGUUCAGGGAGGGGAAGAAGAGGAAGCUGGCCUUAGAGGAGGAGGAACUUGGCGCGAGGAGGGAGGAGCUUCUGAGUGGCGUCAGAAUGAAGGAGGAGGAGUUGGACGGGCAGCUGAAGGCGUUGCGGGUGCAAAUCGAGCGGCUCGAGGCGGAGAAAAAGUCCAUGCAGCGGCGGACGUGCGAGAGGUUGAAGGAGAUUAAGGCUCAGGAAAAGAGUUUUAGUUCGGCCCAGCAGGCGUUGGCUGAGAGGGAGAGGAAACUCGAGCAAAUUGUGGGAACCCUCGAUGAUCGGAUAUGCGCGGUAGAGAAGAAGGAGAGCGAAUUGAAUCGGGAUGUGGAGAGGAGGAUGAGAGAGGUGACGUUGAAAGAGGAACAGCUGAGCUUGAAAUGGCAGGAGUUUGUUAAGGAGGUUAGAUUGGUUGAUGAAAAGUUUAUGGAGCAAGAGAAGGUAAAGAUUGGCCUUUGUGAGAGGCUGGGGUUGGCUGAGAAUAAGGUGGAGGAUUUUAUGGUAAAAAUUGAUGAGAGGUUCAACGAGAUGGAAAAUCGUGAGAGUGUGGUUUGGGAAUCAGUUGCAGAGAGUGUGAAACAUGCCGAUUUAAUUAGGGAACUACUGGAGAGAGAGUUGACAGAGUUUGAGGAGAUGAGGAGAGCAUUUUAUUCAUUCCAAGAGGACAAAACGCGCGAGUUGGUCUUGAAAGAGGAGCAACUGAACACGAUGAGUCGGGAGCUCGCUAAGGAUGCCGAGUUGAGGAAUGGACAAUUGACUAGACAGGGGAGAUUAGAGAACCAGCUCUUGGAAAGGUUGGAGUCGAGCCAGGACAAAAUCGAGGGCUUCAAAGAAAAUGUUGAUGACAAGUUGAAAGAAACUCAUUCAAUGGACAUUGAGCUUAAAUCAACGAAUGAUUGGGGUGGGAGGAAAAUGGACGAGGGGGGCUCUAAAGAAAUGGAGAUGAAAGAUUUUGGGAUGAUGAAAAAAGAAUUUAUGUUGUUCCAAGAGGACAAAAUGCUUGGAUUGGUUUGGAUGGAGAACCAGUUGAAUGCCAUGAGUGAAGAGCUCGUUAGAGAUGCCAAGUUGAGGGACGAACAAUUGACUGAUCAAGAGAAGCUGGGGAAUCAGCUUCUGGAAAGAUUAGAGUCAGUGCAUCAUAAAGUUGAGGAUUUGAGAAACGCCCUUCAAGUGAAGAUGAAAGAAGUCAGCUUAAAGGAAACUGAGGUUAACUCGACUUGUCAUUGGGUUGAGCAGAAAAUGGAUGAUAUAGAUUCCAAAAGAAUGAAGCUGAAAGAAAAGAAGAAGAGACUCUUGACAGAAGAGAAAAAUUUGAUUCGUAAGGAAAACAAACUUUUAGAAAAGCAAGAGGAACUCAAAAUGGAGAGAAAGAAUCUCGAGUCCUGGCAAAGGGAACUCGAAGUUAAAUGGGGGGAAGUUAAUUCAGUCGGAGAAUCAAACAAAAAUCUUUCGAAAGUGCUUGAUCGCCGGGAAAAGGCCCUUGAUUCUGUGAAACAAUUUAUCCGUAAUUGUUUCAGGGAAUAUCAAACCAUAAAGAAAAAAUUGCUCCUCGAAAAGGAUUUGGUCGAGAAGCGUGCUAGAGAUCUUGACCUAAACGAUUCAGCAGACAUAAAGUUUAUCUUGAGAAUGGACGGAAAAACUCUGCAAAUGUUCCUAAACGACCCCGAAAAAGAUUUGGAAUCCAUGGGUGAUGAAGUUUUUAAAGUUCUCCAUUUAUCAUCUGAUCCUGCUAAGUUGGUUUUAGAUGCAAUGGUCGGUUUUUACCCUCCUCAUUUGAGGAAAGGGGACGUGGAGGUCAAUGUAAGGAGAGCCUGCAUUAUUCUGUUAGAACAGUUGUUUAGGAUGUCUAAGAAAAUCCAGCCCUGCACUAGGAAAGAAGCAAUCGACCUUGCCUGCUCAUGGAAAUCAAAGAUUAGGGCGAACAGCGAGAACCCUUUGGAGGUGUUGGGAUUCUUGCAUUUGUUGGCUGCUUAUGAUGUUACUUCCUGUUUUGACAAGAAUGAGAUUCUUAGUUUCCUGAUGAUGGUUGACAAGCAUAGACAGAGCACUCAGUUGUAUCACGUGCUUGGUUUUCACCGAAGCUUUACAGAUUAA